GUGAUGUCAUAAGGCUGCGCCGCGCUUCAGCAUCUGUUGUGAUUCGGCUGACGAAAGAAAAACUCCUGGUGAAGAUGGAGUUUAUUAAAGAGGAGAGUGAAGACGUGAAGAUCGAAGAAAUAUUCAGUGUGAAACAAGAAGAAACUGAGGAACAAACAGACCUGAUGGCACUGAAAGAGGAGAGUGAAGUACUGAAUGAAAUGGAAGAGAAAGAUCAAUAUAAUAAUCAUCAUGAUUUAAUUACUGGAGAAAAACCUUGUAGUUGCUCACACUCUGAAAACACUUCCUCACAAACAAUGGCUCAAAAAACAGGGACUACAAGUAAUUUUGUCUACAAAAAGUGUGGAAACAGAUUCAAUCAAAACAGAAGAUUUAGCAGGAACAUGAAAAGUCACACUGAGAAGCCUUACACGUGUCCUCAGUGUGGAAAGAGUUUUUAUCAUAGAGGACACUUUGAAGACCACAUGGUAGUUCACACUGGAGAGAAGCCAUUCAACUGCCAACAGUGUGGAAAACGUUUCAGCCGAAAAGGAAGUCUUAAUUACCACAUGAAACUUCACACUGGAGAGAGCCUUUUCACCUGCCAACAGUGUGGAAAUAGUUUCACCCGAAAAGGAAUUCUUAAGUACCACAUGAGAAUUCACACCGGAGAGAAGCCUUAUACCUGCAAACAGUGUGGAAAAAGUUUCACCCAAAAAGGAACUCUUAAUUACCACAUGAUAAUUCACUCUGCAGAGAAGCCUUUCACUUGCCAACAGUGUGGAAAUAGUUUCACCCGAAAAGAAAGUCUUCAUUAUCACAUGAAAAUUCACACUGCAGAGAAGCCUUCCACCUGCCAACAGUGUGGAAAAAGUUUCAACCGAAAAGAAAGUCUUAAUUGCCACAUGAGAAUUCACACUGGAGAGAGCCUUUUCACCUGCCAACAGUGUGGAAAAAGUUUCAUUAGAGAAGGGAACUUUAAAGUCCACAUGAGAAUUCACACUGGAGAGAAGCCUUUCACCUGCCAACAGUGUGGAAAGAGUUUCAGCCAAAAAGGAAGCCUUAACAGGCACAUGGAAAUUCACACUGGAGAGAAGCCAUUUAUAUAUGGUCAAGGUGGAAAGCGUUUCAAAUAUAAAAUAAAAACUUGAAUACCACAUGAGGAUUCAUGUAUGAAUGUCUGGAUGACAUUACAAUCAAUUAAUAAGUUUGUCCUGUAAACACUCAGUAAAUACUCAGUGUCCUUUUAAAUUUUGCAUUAACUUUUCAUAUGGUAUUUUCGUACAAGGCUAUAUAUUCAGUUUUUUAACUAAAUAUGCUCAUUAAUAGUUGAAAAGCAGCAUGACCCUCUCAUUACUUAGUGUCAAGACGCCUGUUGAUCAGAGCGUUGGACUGUUCUUUACUAAGUUUUCAAAGUUACAUACUUUGAUGUCAUAAGUAUAUAGCAGUGUUAUAGAUUUGCAUUAUGUUUGAAAAAAGGUGACCAGAUUAUGAUUUAGUGUUCAUAAUUUACUUGACAACUGGAAAUAAAUUGAUUACAAACUGGUAA